CUCACGAUGCCUUCGAGUCUCAUUGACUUCUUUUAACCGCAAUACCCAUCCUUUGGUCUAUGCGUCUGAGCGUUCGAUAGCUGCGUCGUGUCUUUUGAUGUCAUUCCUUCGUUCCCACAGUCUCUACCGCAACCUUGGAACCCCGUCAUGACCUCUCCAGAACUGGAGGCCUUUGCAAAGUCGAUAUCGCGAGUGCUGGGCUGGGCGUACUUUCUUUCUUGGUCUGGGAGCUUCUAUCCACAACCAAUAUCGAAUUACACACGCAAGUCGACGCUCGGCCUCGCAAUAGACUUCCCCACGCUCAACGUUCUUGGCUUCUGCAUGUACACCAUCUCCACUGCCUCGUUCCUGUAUUCGCCUACCAUACAAGCGCAGUACGCGCACCGACACCCUGAAGCACCAGAGACGACUGUGCGCUUCAAUGACUUCUUGUUCGCGGCCCAUGGCGCGGUCAUGUGCAUAGUCUGUUAUAGUCAAUUCUACUCAUGGAUCUGGGGCUUCAAAGUUGGGAAGACACAACGGGCUAGCAAGGCGGUACUCGGCAUAUUUUGGGGCUGCGUGGUAGCUAUCAUAUGGACCAUUCUCAUGGUGAGGUGGAGAGGGAGGAACGGUGGGUACGAUGCUGAUGCCUGGGCGUGGAUCGACGUGAUAUACGUACUUGGGUACGUCAAACUGAUCACUGUGAUAUGCAAGUACAUCCCACAGAUGUGGGUAAACUACAAGCGCAAGUCGACCGUAGGAUGGAGCAUCUACCCUAUGCUCAUGGACUUUGCCGGAGGGUGGCUUUCGUUGGCCCAGCUGGUCAUUGACUCGUCCUUGCAACACGACUGGACGGGCGUGACUGGCAAUCCUGUUAAAUUUGGGCUGUCCAACGUCACCAUUGUGUUUGACAUCAUCUUCAUGCUGCAACACUACGUGCUAUAUCGCGGCUCAGAUAAGCACCUAGAAGACGAAGAAGAGCUCGCGACGUCAUGGGACGCUGAACGCGAGAGGCUGAUAUCUGAGCGGGUUACCUAGUCCAGCAAACACUGCGAAAGUAAACAACACGAAAAGGCGCACUCGGCCCGCACCCUGACAGCGCCCGACAAAGCUCAGCUGCCUAGACGGGUGGCACGGGACGCUGCAGGUCUGCUCUAGCGUAUCAAACUUCCUCUCAGCCCCUCGUCCUAAAAAGUAAACCCUCAUGACGUCAAGUGUCGUGAAGGCUCCCAAAAGGAAAACCGCAAGCUUUCUGCUCGGCGAGCUGCGCGAAGAUCUUCUCGUGGCAGGCACACUGCCAACCCACUUCGCAUCGUCUUCGCCGUAGUAUGCAUCGGGGAAAAGGG